AAUAUCACAUGGUUUCAUUUGUCCGCAAUGUGAAGCUCACUUCCUUUAUGAUGAGUUCUUUGUGGAACACAUCAGAGAACAUCAUGCUAAAACAAUCAAUGAUAUGUCUACUACAAAUGUCCAAUUAAAUUCUUUACUAUCAUCAGACAGGUUUGGCAAAGAAAAUGCUUCACCUGUUGGGAAAGCUUUUAAAUGUAACGAUUGUUCUUAUACAUGUACUGAGAACAGUGAUCUUGUGAAACAUUUACGUACUCACACGGGAGAGAAACCCUACAAGUGUAAGGAAUGUUCAUACACUUGCUCUGUUAAAUCAAUUCUUAUUAUACACCAACGUACUCACACGGGAGAGAAACCCUACAAGUGUAAGGAAUGUUCAUACACUUGCUCUGUUAAAUCAAGUCUUAUCAGACACCAACUUACUCACACAAGGGAGAAACCCUACAAGUGUAACCAAUGUUCAUAUUCUGGUGCUGAGAAAGGUCAUCUCACAAUACAUAUGAGGACUCACACCGGAGAGAAACCGUACAAGUGUAAUGAAUGUUCAUAUACUUGCUCUGUUAAAUCAAGUAUUGUUCAACACCAACGUAUUCAUACAAGGGAGAAACCCUACAAGUGUAACCAAUGUUCAUAUUCUUGUGCUCAGAAAGGUCAUCUCACAAUACAUAAUAUGAGGACUCACACCGGGGAGAAACCCUACAAGUGCAAGGAAUGUUCAUAUACUUGCUCUGCUAAAUCAAAUCUUAAUCUACACCAACGUACGCACACAGGAGAGAAACCCUACAAGUGUAAGGAAUGUUCAUUUUGUAGUGCUCAGAAAGGUCAUCUCACAAUACAUAUGAGGACUCACACGGGAGAGAAACCCUACAAGUGUAAUGAAUGUUCAUAUACUUUCUCUGUUAAAUCAAGUCUUGUCAGACACCAACGUACUCACACGGGAGAGAAACUCUAAAAUUGCCAGGAAUGUUCUCAAUAUAACUUUCA